AUGCAUUUAGAAGAUUCCCCGCCACUAGGAAAGCUGGCCAUGGCCAUGAAACACUGUCGCGGCGAGAUUUGUCUUGAAGAUGGGGUGAUACUCUCGUUCAAUGAGAUGCCCCAAACUUCACUAAACCUAUUCAAAGAAGCUCACCGCUUUCAGCUUGUUGAAAGAAUGGGAGACCGAAAUCACAAUGGGGGUCAUUCCCUUCCCAGUCUCAACGGUAUCGACGACGUGGACGUUUACUGCCCGAUCAUCGUCUUUUUUCUCGCUGCUACACCAAUGUGCGCUCCUGCGCCCUCCCCGGCUCCAAUCCUGGAAACUAAGUUGCCUCUCACACCGGUGGGACCCAAUGGAAGAUAUUGGUCAGCACUAUGUCUGGAAGCUUUUGACAAUGCGACGCCCUCUGAAAGGCCGAUUGAUUAUGAACAACCACAAUGGUCUGGGUUCCGUAAAUAUUGGAAUACUGUCAUGCCUCCGGGAAUGCACGAUGUCCUCAAACUCGAGAAUCCAAUAGCUUAUGUUUCCUUAUGGAUCAGCUACAUGCUGAGGGAAUCUGAUCGAAUAUUGGCGCCGAUACCACGACAACGAACGAGAAAUGUCAAUGCCAUAAGCCAACAGCUUGAUCGCCGAGAAAGCUAUGGACGACACGAUCCCAAGAAGGAUGAACGAACAGGGGCCGAUUUUGGAGGCUAUGUAGGGCGACGUGCUGGUGCUUCAUGUUUGCAUCAAUUUUCUUCGGAACCCUUCCAAGCUCCUGAAAUGGGAGCGAGCAUAUCAAAUCUCGCUCAAUCUUACUCUCCAAUCACUGUCAUUCUUUUGAAGGCGCACAAGGCAGUGGAUGGAGACCAUGCCCCGGAGCAUUACACAGCCCCAGAUAAUGCACACUUCGUGGACUACGGCUCACUACCAGACAUUAAUCGGGAUUAUCUUCGUUCCUGUCAUUCAAAUGCGCUAAAUUCUCUUCGCACUCUACUCGAAAUUUUCGGUCUCGACGAAAGCACUUCACACCACAUCAACGAAGUUAGAAAAUUCUCCGAAGACAAUGACAUCGGCUGGCUAGGCACUAAUGUGCCGCAAGAGCAUCAGGAGUCUUUCCAACAAGUUCUAGAUAAGAUAAAGAAGCAUCGGCGAGACCUUUUACGCUACUUCAGCUUCCAAGACUUGAGCCUUAAGAAUUGUGUCCUGAACGUUUAUUGCCUGUUGGAAAGAUUGGCCAUUGUGGUAGCUCAUAAUUCGUCUUCGGAAGACAACUGCCCAGAAUGGGAACGACUGGCGGAACUUGAAAGUCCGCACAAUGACACCGACGAUGUCAUUGUAUACCGGUACCUAAUGCUGGCCGUUUUGUUCCGAAUGGCUCCUGAUAGUGAAAAGAUGCUUCGCUCAGGGGUAUGGGACCAGGUGGACUUUGGACAAGAGGCAAUUUCAAUUUUCGUUUCCAAAUGCCUCUUGGAUCAACAUCCGUCUUUGAUCCUUUUCUGUUGUGAUGGGUUACAAAACAGCCUGAUCAUGCACGCCUUUCUCACGACGUCCGUAAUGGCCAGCUUGAAGCUGAAGCAUAGCCAGAGCAUUACUCACGCGCUGAUUUUAUCACACUACAAGUCUUUGAAAGGAGACCGUCAAGAACGCUCGACAUACGAGGAAAGUUUCAUGAAGAAUCCGAGUGAUUUACAGGAAGUAUCUCGACUAACAUAA